UUGGAUGCAUCACUUGCUACAAGAUUUGGGUCGAGAAAUUGUUCGUCUAGAAUCACCCAACGAACCUGGUCAACGUAGUAGAUUGUUUUUUCAUGAAGAUGUCUGUCAUGUGUUGGAAGAAAGCAUGGGCACAAACAAAGUUGUAGGCAUGAUAAUAGAAAUGCCCGAAGGCGAAGAAGUGAUAAAGUUGAAUUCCAAAGCAUUUGAACAGAUGAAAAGACUUAGAGUGCUUAUCAAUCGCAAUGCAAGUUUUUCAAGUGGACCUAAUUAUCUCUCCAACGAAUUAAGAGUACUUGAUUGGUUUGAAUAUCCGCUACAAUCUUUGCCACCCAAUUUCCAUGGAAAUAAACUCAUUAUGUUUAAAAUGCAUGGUGGCUUCAUUAGGGAGUUAAGCUUCAUCAAGUUUAAGAAUAUGACAAUUAUGAAAUUCAAUGACUGUGAUUUCUUAACAAAAGUUCCAGAUGUUUCAAGCAUCCCAAAUUUGAAGGAAUUGAUUGUCAAAAGGUGUACAAAUUUAGUUGAGGUGCAUAAUUCCGUUGGAUCCCUGGAGUAUCUUUGUAAAUUGAGUUGA